CGCAGAGCAGGGCGGGGCGGGCAGGGAGCGGGCAGGGCCCGGGCCGUCCGGGCCGGAGAUGCUGCGGGGACGCGAGGGCGCUUAGCCGCGGCGGGGAGCCCCGCGCCCACCGGAGGCUCUGAGGUGCAGUGACGUCGGGGACAGAAGUUGGAUGACGCAGGCGGCUGUGCUUCUUCGUGGGGAGCACACGUUAUGAACCCUUUCUGGAGCAUGUCUGCAAGCUCCGGACGCAAACGGUCUGACGGGGAAGAGAAGACGGCGACUGGGGACGGGAAGGCCAGCCCCCCGCGCACGGCUCCCAAGAAGCAGCUGCCGUCCAUCCCCAAGAACGCGCUGCCCAUCUCAAAGCCCACGUCCCCCGCCCCAGCAGCUCCUCCAACGAAUGGCACGCACGCUGCCUACGGGCCCUUCUACCUGGAGUACUCCCUGCUGGCGGAAUUCACCCUGCUGGUGAAGCAGAAGCUGCCCGGGGUCUACGUGCAGCCGUCCUACCACUCGGCGUUAGUGUGGUUCGGCGUGAUCUUCAUCCGGCACGGACUUUACCAGGACGGGGUGUUCAAGUUCACGGUGUACAUCCCCGAUAACUACCCGGACGGCGACUGCCCGCGCUUGGUGUUUGACAUCCCCGUCUUCCACCCGCUAGUGGACCCCUCCUCAGGCGAGCUGGAUGUGAAGAGGGCGUUUGCGAAGUGGAGGCGGAACCACAACCACAUCUGGCAGGUGCUGAUGUACGCGCGGCGGGUAUUCUACAAGAUCGACACGGCCAGCCCCCUGCACCCGGAGGCCGCUGUCCUGUACGAGAAAGACGUCCACCUGUUCAAGAGCAAGGUGGUGGACAGCGUGAAGCUGUGCACGGCCCGCCUGUUUGAGCAGCCGAAGAUCGAGGACCCCUACGCCAUCAGCUUUUCUCCAUGGAAUCCUUCUAUACACGACGAAGCCAGAGAGAAGAUGCUGACUCAGAAAAAGAAGCCUGAGGAACAGCACAAUAAAAGCGUUCACGUGGCCGGCCUGUCCUGGGUGAAGCCUGGCUCCGUACAGCCCUUCAGUAAAGAAGAGAAAACGGGAACCACCUAGAGCCGGGACUGUGGGGACUGUGCACCAGGCACUUUGCUGCGGACGCAGGCCGCCCCCGGGCUGACCAGCGGCCGGGACGGCUGCGAGUAAACUGUGCGAACUGGGACUGGGCGUCAUGGUGUCCGUGUGCACGCAGGCCCUAACGGCAGGUCCUGGAAACCUCUCUCUCAGUAACGCGUUAUUACUUCUGUCAGAAGUGUCUGUAGGGUGGUUAUCUAGUUCAGUACUCCAGAUUAUUGGGGACCUUGAGGCUUAAGUAUUUUUCUGAAUAUAAUGCUAAAGGUAAGUGGCAUUCUUUGGAAGUGAAUAGAGUAAACGGAGUUUAGCACUACGGAAUGAUUUUUAAAUCGGUGUCUCAGCUGUACACAUGUUAGGAGGUGGAGAGGAAAGGUGUAGAGAAAGCAGGUUCCUUAGCGUUCUAGCACUUUCCGCGCAAGGCCACGCGACUCAGCCCUCAGCCCACUGUCUUACUGAUUUACGAAUCGCUACCAGGUGCACGGUAGGGGCGUGAGGCGGCCGGAACACUGGUUCAUAGUUUUGUGUUGUUUUUUUUUAAGCAAAUUACUUACUGUAUUUUUAUGGCAGAGGGAGAAAAAGUGUUAGAACGGUUUCUAAUGAAGUCAAAUAUUUAAGUGAUGAAUGACUAAUGUGUUUUGUAGAGACAAAAUAAACCAAUAAAUGAUG